AGAUUUUCACAGUUCACAUUCAUCAAUCGUCGGCAGCGGAUACUUCGAUUCGUGGUCUUUCCGGCUCCGAGGUUUGUUUGGAUUGCAAUUCAAACGUAUACAAAUAACAGCUAGUUAACGUUAGUUAAACUUUAUUUAAAAUUGGAUUUGUUUAGUGUUUUGGGAACACACCGACACCGGUUUUUCUUUUGGAACAAUAAUAAAUUGCACGUGCGAGUCUUCGGAGUUGGUCGUCUGUUUUGAUUCAAUUCUCUUGUAUUUGUUUGUUUAUUUUGCUUCAUUUGGCUUUGUUGUUGGCAUGCGAUAAAAAGUGUAAGAGUGUCAGGUCAGUUUUUGGCUUCGAAUAAAAUAAAAUUUAAAAAAAAUCUAGUUUAAGCAUUGUGUUUCGUUCUUUAUAGCUAGCCAAUCGCCUUUAACAAUUAAGUAUACUUCUGUGUGUUGAUUUGGUGUGUUUCAUUUUCAUCCGUCAAAUUACAGAGAUAAGUGCGUGCUGUUUGUAAUCAAAAAGUAAUAAAAAAAUGUACGAGUACGAGUAUAUUUUUUUUUUAAUUUAAAGUGUUGUGACGCUCAAGCGUAGAUAUUUGGUGCAAUCUGCAGCAAAAUUAUAUGGAAAUGUCAUGAUGUUAUAUGGAAAAUAAAUAAAUAAUCGAAUAUAGAUUUCGAAAGUAGUUCAUAAAUCACACGACAGCCUGUCUGUCAUUAAUUAAACAUUCAAAAAGAAAUCCAAAGUUUAAUGAUUAUAACGGAACGGGUGGCGAAUUGUUGUUAGUUUAUUUAUACUGUGCGAAUCAACUUUAUAAAUUGUUGUUAUAAAAUAUAAAUAAAAAAAAAAGAAUAGGUACCACAGCACAAUUAAGUGGUCUUGAUUCAACCGCUUCUUGCUGAUAAAUGAGACUUUGAAUGGAAAAGAAUUCUUUGAUCAUUUAUACUUCAGAACCCAAUGAUCGCACAAAAAAUUAAAGGAAUAUACAAUCUUUCAGACUCCUCAAAAUAAAACAGCAUUAUUGAGUUUGUGAAGAAUGAUUGUAUAGUACAUGCUUAGCAGAAUACCCCAACAACUCGAUAAAAAUACACUAAAAUUUAAAAAAGAUACAAACUUACCCAAUCACAUGUUAAAAUUCAUCACAAGUCUACAAAAACUAACAACAAACAUGGAAACUAAUCUAAAGUAAAGACAAAUUCUUCCAAAGGCUUAAACUUAAGCUGGCAUCGGUGCUUCUCACUUAUAAACGAGCUUAAAAUUUCAAGAGAGACACCACUUCCGAUCCAGCAGUCAUAUCGCAAAUAUGUGGUCAUAUCGAAUGCAACGUCUCACUUUGAUUGCAGUCGUAGCACUCAUUUACCUUAUGGAUUUGCUAUCGGCUGAAGAAAAUAUUUCCCAGCCUCAAGGUACAAGAGAUCCAACCUUACAAUCCUCUCAAUCACCUUCAUUAGCUUCGGCGACGGCCUCGGCGAGAAGAAAAUCUCGCACUACACCAUCGAAUCACACUCAACGAGCAAAGAAAUUACCUAGUUCUCACCAACCGCACGAGCACCGUCAUCACCAACAACAUCCACAUCAACACCAUUUGGGUGGCCUUCCAACAUUGCCCCAGACAGGUAGUUUAGAUUCAUCGCUGCCAUUCAAUGCAAUCCCAUCAAUGGCUCAAGGGAUGCGUGAACGUAAGCCUAACAUAAUCCUCAUCUUGACCGAUGACCAGGACGUCGAGCUCGGCUCAUUGAAUUUCAUGCCAAGAACUCUACGACUAUUGCGCGACGGUGGUGCCGAAUUCCGACAUGCUUAUACCACGACGCCAAUGUGUUGUCCGGCGCGUUCUUCCCUCCUCACCGGCAUGUACGUUCAUAAUCACAUGGUGUUCACCAAUAACGACAACUGCUCUAGUCCCCAAUGGCAGGCAACACACGAGACUAGAUCUUUUGCAACUUACCUUUCAAACGCGGGCUACCGAACGGGCUACUUCGGCAAAUAUUUAAACAAAUACAACGGGUCAUACAUUCCUCCAGGCUGGCGGGAAUGGGGUGGUUUGAUAAUGAACUCCAAGUACUACAACUACAGCAUCAACAUGAAUGGCCAAAAGAUCAAACACGGUUUCGAUUAUGCCAAGGACUACUAUCCGGAUCUGAUAGCAAAUGAUUCAAUAGCAUUCCUGAGGCAAUCGAAACAGCAGAACCAAAGAAAACCCGUGAUGCUGACAAUGAGCUUUCCGGCACCACAUGGCCCCGAGGACUCAGCGCCCCAAUAUAGUCAUUUGUUUUUCAAUGUGACAACGCAUCACACCCCAUCAUACGACCAUGCACCGAAUCCAGACAAACAAUGGAUCCUACGAGUAACCCAACCCAUGGAACCUGUACACAAACGUUUCACCAACAUUCUCAUGACUAAAAGACUGCAAACCCUGCAAAGUGUUGACGUUGCUGUGGAACGAGUUUAUAACGAACUUAAAGCACUCGGUGAACUCGAUAACACGUACAUCAUCUACACCUCAGACCAUGGCUAUCAUUUGGGACAGUUCGGAUUGAUUAAGGGUAAAAGUUUCCCUUUUGAAUUUGAUGUACGAGUUCCAUUUCUAAUACGUGGACCAGGCAUUCAGCCGUCAAUUGUAGUCGAUGAAGUAGUGUUAAAUAUUGACUUGGCACCAACAUUCCUCGACAUGGGCGGUGUUCCCACACCCCCGCACAUGGACGGUCGUAGUAUUUUGCCAUUGCUCCUUAGCAGACAUCGAAGCAUACGUGACCUAUGGCCGGAUACAUUCCUAAUUGAGAGUUCCGGUCGGCGGGAAACUCCAGAACAAAUAGCCGAGUCUAAGGCGAGACUACAGGCCGAACGACUUGAUAUGAAGUUAGUGAAUAGCACCUUGGUUGAAGACAUACCAAAGAAUCUAACAACAACAAUCAGUAAGGUGGGGGAUGAGACGAGGAAUUCUAGUGUUGAUGGUCGUCGCAAUGAUGAAAAUGUUAACUUAGAAUCACAUGAGGAACAUGAUGAUUUCGAUGAUAUCGAUGACGACAAUAAGUUCAUUGAUGACGAUGAUGAUGAGGAAGAAGACGACUUCGAUGCCGACGUGGAUGAUGAGAGAGACCUGGAAAGCUCGACAGGGUUGAGUGACUAUGGGGGUAAUGUAGAUGGAGCAACACAGCAGGAUCAAUUUGAUAACCAUUUGCCACUGGCGCCGUAUAUGACAAAGAUGAUGCGAUUGAAUUCAGAAUGCUCAGAUCCAGCGUUACUGCAGAAUUGUCGCCCCGGUCAGAAGUGGAAAUGUGUAAACGAAGCGGGCCGUUGGAGAAAGCACAAGUGCAAAUUUCAUUUACAGCUGCAACACCAUUUAGCCGAAUUGAAUAAAAUGCCCAAGCAAUCCAAACGCAAUUGUGCUUGUUUUACACCUGACGGAGUUGUUUAUACAAAAAUCAAAACAAAUCGCGAUUACUUUGGGACUCGUCUGCGAAAAAGAAAUCAAGCCUUCUUAGCACGUCGUCAUAAACGUGAUGCUUUUAAAGAAGAAUCACUAUCUCAACCGCAUUCUAUGGAGGAAAAUUCUUCUCUAAAUGAGAUUUACCUCAACCAUUUUCCCAAUGAAAUUGAGAAACUGCUUGACAUAUCAAAUGCUUUAUCGCUAAUUGAAUACCAUCUUCAUGAUGAUUCACAAAAUACCUCCACAAAGCAUAAACGUGAAAAUGAGAUGAAAUCCCGUCACAAGCGAGAAACACCAAACUAUGUUGAGAAUACAGCCUCUUUAUCCUCCUCGUCCUCAUCCUCCUCCUCUACUUCGAAUGACCCAAUUACCAAAGUUAUUCAAGAAAUUCAAACCACACUGGAAACUCUGGAAGUAAAAUUUCUUGAACACGAACUGAAUACAAAUAACUUGACUCGUGGGAUUGGUGUCGGUAGUGCUGGCGUUGGUGGGGGUAGUGGUAGCGGUGGUGGCGGGGUCAGGUCACCACCCAAACCUGGUGGAAAAUUGGGAGCAAAAUGUUUCAUCGAAUCCGAAACGGGCAAAGUCAAUUGUUCCGAUGUGAUUUAUGACGACGAAAAGACAUGGCGCAAAUCACGCGGUCAAAUCGAUUUGCUCAUUAAAGUACUCAAGGAUAAGAUAAAUCAUCUCAAGGACAUUAAAAAGCAAUUGAAAGAGAACAAGUCGAUGACAACAUCAGCUGCAAAUCCUGGUGGGAUGAUUAAAUUCGACGAUGUGAAUUAUGAUGAAGCUGAUGGCCUUGAAGAUGAAUUAAUGGAAAGCUCAACCUCUGAUGGCGACUUUCGUCCUUUACGGCGUCCAGCGAAAGGUGGCAAACGUAAGUUUGAUAGAACUCACCAUAACCCCAGAUCCAGAAAGCCUAUGCAAGAUGGCCAAAUGCUGGACAUGCAUUUCUUCACAAAUUCACAUACAACAGAUCGAAAUGAUAUUUUCGAAACACCACAUAGAGGAGGAGGUACUCCUUUUGGCAAUCAUCCUCGACGACGCGGAACUGGUCACCAUCGUUAUCAUGCACGAAGACCUUUUGGCCAGAGAGGAGUGGACACUACAACAUCCACAACAAUCGCCACAACAACUGUAGUGGUUGCCCAUAAUUCGACGACAACUGCUUCUCCAUUUAUUUCGUCACCCAAUCCCUUUUUAGAAUCGGUUACUUUAACCAAAGAUAGUGAAGAACGAGUCCUUUCAGUGACCACACUGAGUCCUUCUACAACGUCUUCAACUAGCACCACGAGCACCAGUAGCAGUAGUGCUGUCCCAUCAACUCCAAGUGCGAAUGACAUCUCAAAUAACUUCAAUGAGGACGACACUUCUAACAUGAGAGUGCAACAAAACCAGGGAGGUUUAAAUUCCAGAACGACAGAUCCAUUCCAUCAAGAAAAGUUUCAAUUUUCUGGACCAGCAGAGUGCUAUUGUGAACCGGAAAUUGAAAGUGACCCAGAUGAAAAGGAACUUGCUCGUGAAGCACGUCGCAAACUAAAAGAAGAACGUCAAAGAAAAAAGGAACGUAAACGUAUUAAAAAAGCACGUCUGGAAAAGGAAUGUCUUUCAGAGAAAAUGAAUUGUUUCUCGCAUGACAAUAGCCAUUGGAGAACAGCACCGUUGUGGAACGAUAGUCCUUUCUGCUUCUGCAUGAAUGCCAACAACAACACCUAUUCGUGUAUACGAACAAUAAAUGCAACCCAUGACUACCUUUAUUGUGAAUUUACCACCGGGCUUAUAACCUACUAUAAUUUAAGAAUUGAUCCAUUUGAGACAUUAAACCAAGCAUCUUCGCUAACCAUGGAAGAAAAGUCUUACAUGCAUGAUGCUCUAAAUCGACUGAAAAGUUGUCGGGGCAAAGGCUGCACUAUUAAACGUCAUCACUUGUCUGUGGACUCCGGGAUGCAGCAUUCCAUCCGAGUACCAAAACGGAAGCAACCUGGCUUCGUGACAUCUUCUUCAUAUCCAGAUUUUGAUGGCCCAAAAGCGAAACGAAGGAAAAUCUCUAAAUGGACCAAUCAUACCAAAAGAAAAGCAUGGAAACAACAGCCACUCCAUCAGCAAUCUCAAUUCCUUCAACCCGUUGGGCGGGAAACGCCAUCAUCACUACGAAGAAACCGCUUUCAUCAGGGAUGGCAUCAUCAAAAUAAACAACACCAAAUUCAGUACCAAAAUCAAUCACAGCACCAACAGCACAAUAAAAGGCGACCCAUUUGGACAGCCGAACGAGAUGCAAUAGAGGCGUCGAAGUAAAAUAUUAUUUCUAUAUUAAUUCUCAUUUUAUAUGGAAAUAAUCAAAGUGAUAACAACUACCAGUGAACAACGACAAGGAAUUGCUCUUCGUAUCUUAUUAACUAAUAAAUAAAUAUAAUUUUCAGCUAAAGAAAAGAUGGUGCAUCGGGUCCGAUAACCUUUUGUUGAUAAAAACAACUCCCUGCCACCGAUCUUUCGAAGAAUUCUUUAAAAAAAAAAAUGGCUCCAAAAUUAAACAAAAAUUCACCUAAGUAACUGAAAGUUUCUUCCAUUAAACACAUCUCUAGAUAUCCUGCAUCGAAAUGAACUUUUUCAAUUUACAAUUUUUUUUUUUCUAUAUUCUAUAAAAUAUGUAUCUUGUAUUUGUAUUUUUAAUACAUAAAUUAUAAAAUAAACUGUGCAUUUUAAUAGGAAAUCAUUUAUAUUAAGUUCAACAAGGUAUUAUUGUUAUUUAUAAAACUAUAUUGCUUUUUAUGUACGGUAGCUUAAAUUUUGUUUCAUAAAAAAUGUUCAAUAAAGAAAAAGACUGUUUUAGGUUCUAAGCAAAAUACAAACAAAAGAAAAAAAAACAAAUAUUUUGGAUUUUUUAUGAAUGCCUUGAACCUUUUACGUUAUAAGCUUUCAAUUUAAAUUAAAAAUAAACAAAAAAAAUACAAAACCAGCGCUGCAUAGAUUUAAACAAAUACUUGCCAACAGAUUGCAAUAAUAAAAUUUAAAAAAAAAAAUAUUAAGAGACAAAGAAAUUAAUUAACAUAAUUACUUUUAUUUAGAUUUUAUUUUAUAUUUUUUUAUACAAAAACAUCAUCAUUACAAUGUUGCUUUUAAAUACAUGCAAACAAAAAACACAACAUAGGUAGCAAUCAUAUCAUAAAUAUAAUUAUAAAAUAUGUAAAUUUUUAAAUUCAUAAAAUUAAAAGUAUUUAAAAACCUUAAACAUUAUGUUUAAAAAUUGUUAAAUAUAAAUUUAUGUAAAUAUAUAAACAAAUUCAAUAAUUGUAUCAAAGGUUUGAAAACACUGUUAUGUUAACAUGUAGUAUUUUAAUUGAAAACACAAAUUUAGAACAAACAUGAUAGACAAAUUUCAAAUAAACAAUUUGAAUUAUUUAAAUUAUUGCUAAUAGAUUAUAAAAUAUUUGAAAAUCGCUAAACAAAGAAUAAUAAAGAUAAA